AUGGUGAACACAGCCCUGUACCCCCUUGUGAGAACAGAGGUUUAUGCUGUCUGUCAUGAAGGCCACAGUGGAGUUAACCAGUUGGGAGGUGUUUUUGUGAAUGGUAGACCCCUUCCUGAUUCUACCAGGCAGAAGAUUGUGGAGCUGGCCCAUAGUGGAGCUCGACCGUGUGACAUAUCACGAAUACUACAGGUCUCGAAUGGCUGUGUAAGUAAAAUCUUGGGUCGGUACUACGAGACAGGUUCAAUCCGUCCACGAGCCAUAGGAGGAAGUAAACCCAGAGUGGCGACCCCAGAGGUGGUAGGGAAGAUCGCCCAAUACAAGAGGGAGUGUCCAUCCAUAUUUGCGUGGGAGAUCAGAGAUAGGCUACUUGCAGAAGGAGUCUGCUCUAAUGAUAAUAUACCAAGUGUUUCAUCCAUAAACCGUGUUCUGAGGAACCUGGCUAGUGAGAAGCAGCAGAUGGGAGCGGUGGGAGCUGAUGAGAUGUUUGACAAACUGAGGAUGCUCAAUGGACAGACGAACUGGGGAGGCCGGACAGGAUGGUACCCAGGAACAAUGCUACCCAACUCUGACUGUCCCCAGGGAGAGGGAGGUGAGAACACCAACUCAGUGAGCUCAAAUGGUGAGGAUUCAGAGGAAACCCAGAUGAGACUCCAGCUGAAGAGGAAACUCCAGAGAAACCGAACAUCUUUUACACAGGACCAGAUAGAGGCACUUGAGAAAGAAUUUGAGAGGACCCAUUAUCCGGACGUUUUUGCCAGAGAACGACUUGCUGCUAAAAUAGACCUACCAGAAGCACGAAUACAGGUCUGGUUUUCCAACAGACGAGCCAAGUGGAGGAGAGAGGAGAAGCUAAGAAACCAACGUCGCCAGGCAUCCAACUCUUCAAAUCAUAUUCCUAUUAGCAGUAGUUUCAAUACCAGUGUUUACCAACCUCUACCACAGCCUACUACACCAGUUUCCUUCACGUCAGGGUCUAUGUUGGGGAGAUCAGAUUCAACACUGUCAAAUAGCUACACCCUACAGGCCAUGCCAAGCUUCAGCAUGGCAACCAGCCUGCCUAUGCAAGUACAAAAUCAAACCUCUUAUUCCUGCAUGCUACCAACAAGCCCCACAGUGAAUGGAAGGAGCUAUGAAACAUACACCCCCCCUCACAUGCAGCCCCACAUCAACAGCCAAUCGAUUACCUCCUCCUCAGCAUCAACAGGUCUGAUUUCCCCUGGUGUUUCAGUUCCGGUCCAAGUUCCAGGAAGUGAGGCGGACAUGUCACAGUACUGGCCACGCCUACAGUGA